ACCAAGGUACAGGGCAUGGCCACAGGUCUGAGCCCUAGGUCUCCGCUGAAGCAGGUGGGACCUGUGACUGUAAAAGUCGAGGAGGAGGAGAUGGACAAGUGCCUUCCUGGCCUGGAGAUAUUCCGCCAACGCUUCAGGCAGUUUGGGUACCAUGACACACCUGGACCCCGAGAGGCCCUGAGCCAACUCUGGGUGCUCUGCUGUGAGUGGCUGAGGCCAGAGCUGCACACCAAGGAGCAGAUCCUGGAGCUGCUGGUGCUCGAGCAGUUCCUCACCAUCCUGCCCCGGGAGCUCCAGGCCUGGGUGCGGCAGCACUGCCCAGAAAGUGCUGAAGAGGCAGUAACUCUCCUGGAAGAUCUGGAGCAAGAACUGGACGAACCACGACAAGAGGUCGCCACUUCCCCAGUUGGACGGAAACAGCUGUGGGAAAAGAGGCCCUCUGCAGGAGCAGCCGAAGACUACCUGAGCAGCACACAGCUGGUAAAGACCAGGCUUAAGCGUGAAUCCUGGGAGUCUCUACAUAGCCAAGAAAUCAGCCAGCGGCAGGAGUCCACCCAGUACCUGAGAAAGAUCCCAGAUUAUAAAUCAAACACCAAGCAUGAGGAAUCAACAAAUAAGGAGCAGAGUUCUGAAGAAGACUGUCAAACAGAACAAUUCCCACAGGAUUUUAUUGCCAUGGUUAUUGAUAAUAAGUAUGAGGCUAGGUUAGAAAGGCAGCAGGUAAACCUUGAAAGAGGAACAAAAUCUUCUUCCCAAGAUGUAGGUUCCAAAGAAGUCACUGAAGUAAUUCCUAUUCAUUUUAACACUAGAGAGAAACGUUAUAUAUGUGCCGAGUGUGGAAAAGCAUUUAGUAAUAGUUCAAAUCUUACUAAACACCGGAGAACACACACUGGGGAGAAGCCUUAUGUAUGCACCAGAUGUGGGAGAGCUUUCAGCCACAGCUCAAACCUCACCCUUCACUACAGAACACACAUGGUAGAGCGGCCCUAUGACUGCACCAAGUGCGGGAAAGCCUUUAGUCAGAGCUCAGAUCUCCUUAAACACCAGAGAAGCCACACUGGAGAGGCACCGUAUCAGUGUACAGACUGUGGGAAAUCUUUCAGUGGGAAAGCCAGCCUCAUUCGUCAUUAUCGAACCCACACUGGGGAGAAGCCUUACCAGUGUACCGAGUGUGGGAAGCGCUUUAGUCAGCAUGCAGGUCUUAGUUCACACCAGCGACUCCACACCGGAGAGAAACCAUAUAAAUGUGGGGAAUGUGGGAGAGCCUUCAACCACAGCUCAAACUUUAACAAACACCAUAGAAUCCAUACUGGAGAAAAGCCCUACUGGUGUAAGAAUUGUGGGAAAACCUUCUGUAGCAAAUCAAACCUUUCGAAACAUCAGAGGCUCCAUCCUGGAGAAGGAGAAGGACUGUAA